AGCGCUUUGAUCGCUGAAACAGGAAACUAAAUCGAACCGGCAAGAAAAAAGUUGUCGCAACAACCAAGACGAAGAAGGAGGUCUGGAAAAAUGCCCAUUCAAUCAAUGGAAACUUUUACUGUMCUGUAAUGUUAGAAGUAAAUGCGCAGUACAUGAGUACUAACAUCCCAAUAAUCUUCCAGCGCUUCCUUCCGUGACUGAUCGCACCAGCACACUCACGUUGCAUCACAGUUCGGCAUUGGUAUCUGCUGAUUUCCCCCGAGAAACUCUUUCUGGAAGAGCUCUCUWCGGCAUUCCCUGAUGGAAUUUUCCGGAGGGUUUAUUUACGAUGAUAGAAAGCUGGCUGCCGUCGUCUACGAUGAAGAAAGAACAAUGYCAGCUUUUGCACCUGAAUCGGCACUCCAGGCAAGACCUAGGAGACGAAGCAACACUUAUGAUUCAAAUAUGGAUGGGAGCAACAGCAGCAUGAUCGACGAAAGUUCCAUUGUAGUCGAGCGUAUUUUGUCUGCUAUCGAACUUCGGGGGGACAACGGACUCAGACCUCACGGUGGUCCGCUAACGAAUGUCGAGAUCGUCAGGCUCUCCACACUUUGUGCAAAACAAACAGAGCAUAUCAACAGGAAUAAAGGGAAGAAGAUCGACAACCACACGAAUGAUACCAUCAACGAUGGGGCAAUUCUCAACGAAAAUCUUGGCUUUUCAGAUGUCGAUGCCGACAUGAUGGCGCAGCUCGUAGAACAUCUAGAGAAGCACGUCGUACUGGCAUCACAGAUCAAUCUUGUUCAAUCAUCGUACGAUGCUAUUCUGAAUCUUAAGAAAGCAGAUGGGAUUAGAGAGGUUGGAUGCAGGACCAUAGACGAGGCAAGUAGAAAAUGGGAACGCGAUYUGGUAAAGGGACAAGAUUGAAUAUGCACUGAAAAGCAAAUAGCAGAAAAUGCAACGACUGCUAACGAAGACUAACCAAAACACUCUAUCAAUUUCUCUUUUAUUAUGUUGUUGUUUCUCUCUUGUAGUGGAUUCGAAAGGGUACGGGAUCAGAACUUGUUGGAACUCUUUCCAACGGACUCGAGGCAGCGAUGGUGCUUCUCUCGAUCAUGACAAGUCCUGGCAUCGAUCGUCGCGUUGUCAAGGAAGAUGCCGUUGUAGCAUCACUUGUUCUCAUGAAGCAMAAUUUAAUGAAGAACAUUCUUCCUGCAGUCAACAACUGUGGGCACAUUUUGGCAAGCAUGAGCAAGUCACAGCUCCACGCCUCUCUAACACCCACCAAGAAACGGCGUCGACGAAGCAGUGCUAGCGCUUCUAGUAGUAUUGACGCCUCCAUUAUCAAAGACAUGGGAAAGUGCUACAAAUCUAUGAUUUUUAAAACCGUUAGCAACACUGUCCUUCUGAUGGAGCGACUCGAUGCGUUGAUCCAAAAAGUUGCUCUCGACGACCAACAUCUCAUGACACUUUCAGCGGGAGCCCUCGUAUCACUCGAGAUAGAUCCCUCUACAGAUGCAGCUAUUCGUUUCACGCACUCGCUUCACGUGGCAACUGUUGGAAUUGUGACCUCUAUCUUUCGUUCGUACAGGAAAUUGCGGCCUAUGAUCAUCGAAGAUCUCUUUGCUCUGAUGCUCAAAAUGCCUAGUGGUAAAAAAGGCAUGCGAACGUACACGAUUCAAUACUCAUCAGUGUUGUACCCCCAAGCAGCAUUGGAACUGUCGAAGUCCCUCUUGAUGGGUGCUACUGGUGGUGGUGGCGAUACUCCKGUGCAUUCAGACAAAGCAUCCAACAUCCAACCCAUAUGUGUCAUGAUCAUGAGUCUUGUCCAAUCUACUGUGAUUCAACCCUCAUUUGUGGACUCCCGUCAAAUCAACACUGGAAACCAUGCAUGCUUGAGAGACUGUCAGGCAAUUAGUGAUUUUUUCGUCAGCCAUCUGUUGAAACGAUGCAGUAAAAAGGGAGAAGAUGGGGGAGCAUCGGAAUUUCGUCCAAUCCUAAGCAAUCUAAUAGAAGAUCUGCUGCUCGUUCUAUUGGUGCCCGAAUAUCCCGCUGCAGAAAUGAUUCUUUUAUCUAUUGCAAAUUUCAUGUACCACGACAUCAUUCAAAUGACUUCCACAAAGGUAGGCAAAGAGUCAACGACGACUACUUAUUUCAACACGAUAUUUGAUGCGUUGGGGAAGAUCUCUGCUGCCGUCGCACGGAUCAAUAAGUGGAACAAGGAGCAUCCGGUCCGUUUAGAGCUACCUCGUAUUCGAGAAAAUGGAACCAUGAAGCAUCUUGGUUGCUAUUGCAACGAGACAGAAUUUACUGGUGAUAAAUUUAUGGUGAAAUGCGACCGAUGUAACACAUGGUACCAUGGGGACUGCAUAGGAAUCAGUCGGGAAACUGUUCCAGAAAAGUGGUUGUGCGAUGGGUGUCAAUUCGGUCGGAUCGUCGAAUUCGAACGGGAUCGCAAUUCGAAUUUAGGGGAAUUGGGUUGCCCACCCAACUUGAUCGAUCGGCCUUAUUGUUUGAGACGUCUUGUGAUUGAUUAUUUGUCCGUCUUGUCUCGAAAUUCUGAUUUGAAGGGAGUCACAGAUGCCUAUGGAUUCCAAUUGGCCCGAUGGUUGAAAGAAGUUGAGACUACGAAUGCCAAAAGAAAGGAAGGUGAUAUCGAUGAURCACUGCCCCUUAUUGCAGGGCUAAUUGAGUUGUGGGAUCCUAGAAAUUCCAUGGGAACAUUUCAAGGGAAUGAUGCAGGAUCUUUGAGUGGAAUGCUCAAUUGUAUGUCGGACGAAGGCCGAAGUCGAAUGGUUGUUGACUUUAUCUGCAAGCUUUCAAGUUUACUGAMAUCGUUCAAGAGUCAAGUCGGGAGGAUUGUCAAACUUUUGGAGAGCCCAUCUAAUUCGGUACGAAAGCUAUCGUUGAAGGCUAUAGAGAAAAUCGCAGAUGCCGAUCCUACCCUGAUGACGCAUCCGUUUGUUCGAAAUGCCGUCGCACGGCGUUUCUCUGAUGAAUCCAUUUCUGUUCGAGAUGCAGUGGUUUCGUUGGUUGGCUCUUAUGUCCUUAACACUCCGGAAGUUGCAAAUGCAUUUCAUCCAGCGUUGAUCCAUGGCCUCUCAGAUUCCGGCUUGAGUGUCCGAAAACGAACCAUUCAUGUCCUCCGAGAUAUUCUGUGUACGAAUCCAACAUACAAUGGGCGCGCAGAGGCUUGUAGUGUGAUGUUGCGACUUGCAGCAGACCCAAAAGAAGAUGAUACAGUGCGAGACCUAAUUUAUGACCUCUUUUCGAAGAUUUGGCUUGAACAAGGAGACAAGACUUUCGAUUCCCGAAGCAAUUCGUCUUAUUCGAUUCAAAAUUUGGACAAGCUGGUGUCUCCUGUUUCUAGAGUAUCAAAUGUAGAAGAUAUCACAUUGAAAAGCACACCUUCGCAACCUCCAUCGGGAAUAAAAACCCCGUCCGGGGCCAGUGUGACACCUUACACUCCGAAUGGAUGGACGUCUGUCACGAAAAGCACCAGAUCAACAGUCAAAAAAUGCAGAAGCAGAUAUCUUCAACUUCGCUGCCAAGCUGCUGCAGAGCAAAUGGUAGAAGUGGUAAAAGCUGCUAACACUGAGCGCGACUUGACGUUACUCUUUCGGGAACUACUUUCUGCCACACCUGACUCUAACAAGAGCAGAAAGUCAUCUGCACGAAGAAAGAGAUGUGGACUUGCUCAGAACCACAUGUCAUUGUUGGUAGACGCGUUGUUUGAGAUGAUUCUUUCCGUUGAGGAAGACUACAGUAAAUCAGCAGGGGAAAAGGGCGGCGAAUUAGUAUCCAUUUUCCGAACUCUUCGCGUAUUCACAGAUGCUUCACCGACGGAUGUCCUGAGGCAUCUUGAUACGCUUCUUCCUUACUUGAAGAUCGACAACGGUCUCAAGUCAGCGGAUGAGGCAAAUAUUGCUUGCUCAUUGUGUGGGGUUUUAUCUCGUGUUGUUCCAGAACUAGAUCAUGGCGAUUGCGAGAGACUCGGCGAUUCAUCUCUCGCUGAUGAUCUUGUAGCUAUAACGAAGAAAUGGGGAAAAGCUGCUUCAUCGUCAGCAGUACAAGCUUUGUGCUUAUUUUCCGGUAAGGAGCGAAAAGGAAUCUUCGAGAAAAGACUUGUUUCCUUGGCAAAACUCUUUCAUUCAUACCUAGUAAAGAUCGAAAGAUCAGGAGACUUUGCAACGAAAAGGAAGACUAAAAAUCAUGUUAGUCGGGCUCUCAGUGUUCUGGGUUCAAUUUGUCGAUACUGCGAAACGUCCUCAUUUGACUUGACGGAAUCGGAAAUGGAUGAGGACCACGAUGAAAACGAAAUAGAUGUUCAGGAAGUAACUCUAUYACGAAUUGCACCUCUGUGUCAGSAGCUUUUCAUGAAAUUUUAUGCGAAGGAUGAUGUGACGAUAAAGGUUUGUGCAAUUCAGGCUUUAACGGGGAUUUUUAUGGCUCACCCAAGGGAAAUGCUGAAGCUAGAAUGUAGCGGUUUACUAACUGAGGUAAUGGCAUCCACAUCGCCCGAAGCGGUUCAACGYGAGUCCCUCCGUUGUUGGCGUGACAUAUUACUUGCAGAGGAAUCACGUGUCGAGAGUGGAGAGGCAAAAGCAAAAAUGGACUCGAAAAAGAAUAUAACAGUUUCCAAAAAGAUUUCAGGGGAUCAGGAUGCCGAUGCCACUAUUUUUGGUGGUAUUCUCACCAAUCACUCAUCUCGUCUUUUUGAAAUGACAAAAUGCCGCGAAAAAGAUAUAAGGUUUGCUGCCGUUGAUCUCAUUGGCCACCUAUUGCGUCAAGGACAACUCAAUCCAAACGAAGCAACUCCUCAUUUGUUAGCAUUGCAAGGGGAUGUCGAAGAAAUCAUUCGGCGAAGUGCACUCAAAUUUUUGAUGCUUGAAGGUGAAAAGCGACCAGAUAUGCUGCGGCAGCGCCUUUGUGCCGGUGUCAAGCAGGCCUAUCUAUUUCAGAUUGCUGUGAACCCCGACUUGAAGGAGGUUUCUGCGUUGAUUGACGUUAGAAAGGAYGGAAACUUACACAAAGAAUGUGUUUUCGGAAGUGUUUACAAAAACUGCAUUGCAAGUAUCAAGAAACAACGACGUGGUCUUUUUCGAAAUCUUUUGAGCUCAUUUGAUCCACAGAAUCUGAACAGCACUGAAGGGCAGCAAACCAAUUCAUCUAUAUCAAGACUUAUGCUGCUGUCAUACACAUCUCAAGUACUCGCAUAUCUGCCAUACAGUGUUGCAUCAGAUGCGCUGUAUAUUAUUUAUUACAUUUCUUCUAAUAUUGCUCUGCAGGGGGCAGAUCUUUUGGACAAAUUUGCCUCAUUUUUACGUCUUUACAGUUUGGCGAGUGACGAUGAAUUUGAUGAGGUGAAUUCUGAAGCCGACCAGUUGGAAGAAGCCGUGAAUAACCAUUCGCCUUAUCCCGCAAACCAUAUCGCUGCCUUUUUAGAAGGAAAACUUUCAUUUGACGUUUCAAAAUUUUCUGAUCUUUGUUCUGAAGCUGGGUGCUUGAUUUUGUUGCUCAGGCUAAAGAAUUUCCUCCGUGUGACGUAUAAUCUGAGCGAAUCUCGAUGCAUUGGAUUCAAUCCUGACAAGAAAGAGAUAGGGGAAAAGCCAAUUCUGAAGUCCUCUACGGCAUCCAUCUUCGACUCGAAACUUCCAAUAUUCCGCCAAUACAAGAGUACUGCGAAGGAAAAGAUGAAUGAUAAUGAUAUUUUGAAUGCAUGUAUCUUGCAGUAUGCAGAAUUUCGUCGCCUCAUGAGAUCCGAGGUGAACAAUGCAUCCCUCAACGACGACGAGAGUGACGUAGAAAAYGAAGGACUCUCGGAGGAUGGUAAAGUUAGUCUUAAACGUCCAAGAUCAGAUUCUGAAGGCGAACAAACAGUGGAAUAGCUGUAGUAAUAUCCGACAGCGAGUUCGAUAGGUUUAAUUACAUUUUCAACUGUGUUGUUGUGGAGACGAAAACAUCUUGAAUUGAUCGGCAUUUUUUUCACUCUCUUGCGAAGUCGAGUGAACUAUAUUCCUAUAGAUAUAAUGUAAUAGCAAAAUUACUCAAUUUUUAUUACAAAAUACGGAUGUACGUUUAGGAAUUAAUUACAUCACCACCAAUUCAAAGCGGAGUUUCUUUUCUUCAACAGACGGUGGCGGCGUUGUGCCCAUGACUUCCCCACUGUAACUUUCAUCACUAUAAGGAGAGAUAACGCGGCCUCUCGUUAAAAGCGGCGACGACCAUCAUCCAGCCCAUACGGAACCGACCACAGAUGCACCUCCAACGCUACUUAUUUGGACGCGACCGUGUCUAGAUCAAAGACUCCACCACUCCAUGAAGAGUCCGRUAAUACUCUCAAUUCCCAGCGCAAUCGAUCAUACAAUUUCGUAAAUUUAUUUCACAUAUCAUUUCGAGUUUUUAGAAUCCGAAAGCACCUCCUUCUCGUUGUUCCUUGACGAAGUUUUCGUACAAUCCGAAGAUGAUAGUCACAGAAAGAAGGAUACCCGUACCACUUCCGAUAGCUCCCAUGAAGUCAGCGACAACAGACAAGGCACCAAUGCACAUACCACCAAAUGCAGCUGCCGUGGGAAUGUAUCUGUUCAAGACAUGGAUCAAUGCGGAAUCACGGUGUCCCUUCAUGACCAUUUGGUUGUCACGAAGUUGCUUGGCAACGUCACGGGCAGAAGAUCCAGAGACUUCAAUCCAGGUCUUACUAAAAAGGGCGCAGGCUGUCAAGAUGAAAGUAAGGUAGAAAACGGCGUGGAAAGGAUCGUAAAURAUUUCGGCAAACGACCUAGGAGGGGAAAUGUAGUAAGCAAUUCCUCCGACGGGGAUCUUUUGCCCCAUGGUUCCUUCGACAUCUUGCCAUUGUCCGAGAAGACGGACCAACACAUUGGUAGGAGCACGGUUGUACAAAAGUUGGGAGACAAAGUACAAGUUGGAGACAAGAGCAGUUUGAAGGAUGAUAGGCAUGUUCGACGUGUAGAAGAGCUUGAUGGGGUAGUUUCCUUGUUGUCCACGGUACUUCUGGUACUUGACAGGAAGAUCAACACGCCAUCCUUGGAAGUAAAUAACAAUGACGAAAAUCAAGACCGUGGCCAUGAGGUUGGUCAAGUUGGGAAGAUUCUGACGGUAGAGAGCCUCACGAAGGGCCUUCACCUUGUCGGAACGAGUGAUGAGGAGAUGGAAAAGAGCAAUAAUAGCACCUUCGAAUUCAGUACCUCUACCAGUGUUUAGAGUGGUAGGGCUGAACGCUUUCCAGACAAUCGUUUCACAAAUGUUUGUGGCAAUGAAAAUAGAAAUACCAGAUCCAAGACCGUAUCCCUUUUGCAAAAGCUCAUCAAGAGUAAGGACAAUGAGACCAGCACAGAAGAGUUGGAAGAUAAUCAAAAUUGCAUUACCAGCACCGAUGGAGCUGAGGUCUCCGUACAUUCCACUGGCGACGUAAGCGAUGGCUUCACCGAGAGUGAUCAAAAGACCGAAGAGUUUUUGGGCACCCGAAAACAAAGCACGAUCUUCCUUGACAUUGUAGUCAACUUCGAUGAUUCGCGAACCGGCCAAGAGCUGCAUGACCAAACCAGAUGUGACAAUCGGACUGAUACCAAGUUCCAUCAGAGUACCACGGUUGGAGGCAAGAAUAACACGCAUCCAGUAGAAAGGAUCGCUCGACUUCGCGGAUUGGACACCGUAAAUAGGAAUUUGACAGCAUACCAAGAAAAUGAAGAGGACAAU